CCCUCCCCGGCCCGUUGCACGAGAGUGCGGCCCGGCCCGAGGAUGCGGGAAGGGUCGGCGCUGCCCGGCGCCCCCGGCGCCGCCCCCGUCCCCGGCUUCCUGGCCAAGCUCUGGGCGCUGGUGGAGGACCCGCAGAGCGACGAUGUCAUCUGCUGGAGCAGGAAUGGUGAGAACUUCUGCAUUCUGGAUGAGCAGAGGUUUGCAAAGGAGCUACUCCCCAAGUACUUCAAACACAACAAUAUCUCCAGCUUCAUACGACAGCUUAACAUGUAUGGUUUCAGGAAGGUGAUUGCUCUGGAGAAUGGUAUGAUUACAGCAGAGAAAAGCUCAGUUAUUGAGUUCCAGCACCCUUUCUUCAAGCAAGGAAAGGCACAUUUACUAGAAAACAUCAAGCGCAAGGUAUCUGCAGUAAGAACUGAGGAUCUCAAGGUCUGUACAGAGGAUUUACACAAAGUACUCUCUGAAGUCCAGGAAAUGAGAGAGCAGCAGAACAACAUGGAUGUCAGACUGGCUAACAUGAAGAGAGAAAAUAAGGCCCUGUGGAAAGAAGUGGCAGUUCUAAGGCAGAAGCACAGUCAACAACAGAAGCUGCUGUCUAAGAUUCUUCAAUUUAUACUAAGUUUGAUGCGAGGAAAUUAUAUUGUUGGGGUCAAAAGGAAAAGGUCUCUAACGGAUGCUGCAGGUGCUUCACCUUCCAAAUACAGCCGUCAGUAUGUUCGCAUACCUGUGGAGAGUGGCCAAGCAAUGGCUUUUUCUGAACAUAAUGCAGAUGAUGAGGAUGGAAAUGGUACAGGUCUCAUCAUUCGAGAUAUCACCGAUACCCUGGAAAAUGCCACCGAUGGUCUCCUUGCUGUGGCACACACAAGUGGCAGAGCCAGAGACGCACAGGCAGCUCUGGAUCCUGGCUUACCUAUUUGUCAAGUAGCACAGUCAAAUGACUUAAAUUGCGCAGAACCUAUCCCACCGGUUCAUAUAAAUGAUGUCAACAAAUCCAGUGAAAUAGGAAAUGUUGCUGUGGAACUCCAUACUGCACAACCUAAUGCUCCAGAAGACCCUGUGUCAGUGAUUGACUCCAUUUUGAACGAGAACAACUCUGGAAACCAAAAUGAUCCUUUACUGGACAGAGAAGAAAUUCAGGAUUUUCUUAAUUGCAUUGAUGCCAGCCUUGAAGAACUUCAAGCAAUGUUAUCUGGGAAGCAGUAUAACUUUGGUUCUGAAGCUUUCAGUGAUACACUUAAUCCUGAGCUGCCAGCCCUGGAUAUGAGCUUGAUGGAAACUUCUCCUGGUAUGGAAAAUAUUGCAAACUUGGCAGAGAGCACUGAAGAUUUGGGAGCGAGUGAGAGAGAAACAGCAGGAAGCAAAGAUAUGCAGCUGAUACAGUACAGGGCCAAUCCUCUGCUUUCGUUAUUUGAAGACCUACCUUCAAACGAAGCUGCAGGGAAGAUGGAGGAUCCGAAAGACGUUCUACUGCCCUCCCUGGAGGAGAAGCCUGCUCUUCAUCCUCCAUCGGGUAGUGGAACUGCCUUGCCGCUAGCAGCUCCAGCAAGCCAGGCUGAGCCUCUGGAUACUCUGGGAGUGGGUGAUCCACCUCUCCUCUCAGAGGAUGGGAAUGGAGAGUAUAAACUGUUUCCACUCCUGCUCCUCAGUCCCGUUGCUAACUUCAUAGAAGAGGCCUCUGAGAUAGAAACUUCUUGAAUUCACGUGACAUCUGUAACUGGCGUAGUGAUGUGAAAUAGAUAACAAAGAAAUGCAUCAGCAAGAAGUUUGGCCUCUCUCCUCACCUGCUUCCUGGGUGUCAUAUUCUGUAUAGACAAAAGAAAGUUCUCUUUCUGCAAGCAAAGAGCACAUCUGGAAAACCUGAAAACAAGCUCAAAGAAGGAUCUGGUGGGAGUGAAGGCACUGGGCGGAGGGGAAGAGCAGCAUCCCUGUAAACAUACCACAGUGUAUUCCAUAACUUUUUAUCUGAAUCCUUAUUGCAAGAGGAAAUCUGUUUGUAUCCUCUUUGUAAAGUUUGGCUGGGUGUUUUUGUUGGUUUGGUUUUGGUUUUGUUUUUUAAUUAGCUGGAUAGUAAUGUGGUAAGUAAUAUUUUAAACAUGGGCUUUACUCUUUCUGAGAGCCUGUUUCAAUAGGUGGCUUGUCUGCUGUUUGGAAUUAAGAUUUUUUUUUUAAUUUUGUUUUUAAUUUGAGAUUUCUUUUUUUGAUAGCUUGUGGCUACGAUUUUUUGCAUCUGCUUAGAUCACUUUCGUACUCCUAGAUUUGCUCCUAGGUACAGGCAACAUUUUUCCUAUGGAAAAUUACAUUUUAACUGUGUAAUGUUACUUUUUAACAUGCUAACACACAUCCAUUGCCACGGAUUGUAGGUGUUGUGGUAGGAAGUGCUUGCCACCCUGCGUAAUGCUGAUUUCUCAUGCACAUUGCAUGGCAGUACUUCUAGGGUAACUUGCACCUAACUCACUGAUCAUGUGUCCUCAGAAAUUUUGAGUAGAACUGAUUCACAUCUAGCAAAGUCUAGCAGCUGCCCUUUAAAGUGGGGGGGGGAGGGAGGGGUGGCGAUGGGGAAGGAGUCAUAGGGUAACUUGUGUUGACAUAGGACAUUACAUUAAGAUUUCUCUUCUGCUUGCUGUAGCUACUUGUUUAUCUGACCCUACAUGAACACUGGAUUUCUUGCUGCAUUUUCUGCUUGUGGAAUCUUAAAGCUAAAUUAACUAGAUGCAUUUGAGUCCUUUGACAGCAAAUUACAAAAACUAGUGUCUGCUUAAUCAAAAAAUCUUUCCCCAAAAUUCAUUUCUAACUUGUUUGAGCAAUUGUAAUGUAUGCAUCAGCCCCUGGUGUGAGCAGAAUAACAAGUUCUCCUUCACUGAUACCAAGUUUGUAGCAGUCUACACAAGCCCAUACAAACUUGAAAUUUGCUGUAGCGAUACAAAUCUGAAAAGUCCUGGAGGCAGGUAGAAAACCCAUUGUAUAAGAUCAUGUGAUACUUCCUACCAGUGCAAUUACUUGAAUUUAUUUUCAGUUUUAGGAAUUCAGGCUACCUACAGGCUUUGUACUCUCUGAAGUUUAUGAACUAAUAAGUUUUUAGGUUUUUUAUAUUCAAGAAUACAAGGUAAUUUGAUAUUCUGAAGCCUACUAGAUAAUGCAUGUUGUCUAUGCUGACGUUACUUAAUUGAAUCUGUACUUCAUUGUCAAAUCUUUUGAGUUGCAGAGGAGGAUCUUACUACCGAAUGUGUGUGUAUGUGUAAUGCCUUUGCAGUGUCAUUUUAUUCCCAUGCUUCUGUAACUGUUCUUUACCUCGUGACCCUUCAUGUUUGUAUCUUUUGAAUUGCCUUUUGUCAAGUACAUCUUAUUCUAGCCUUUUCUAGUCUGUCUUAUGCUUACUUCUUGAGACAAAGGGCUGAAUAGUCUCAAGUUUUCAUGAGCUAAAGGGCGAGGAGGGAAAAGUGAAUUGCAUAUCUGUCUUGGGUUCUGGUUUGUUGGGGUUUUUUUUGGUGUUUAUUUUUUUUUUUUUUUAAUUUCUUCCCAAAGGCCUCAAUUUUGCCAGGAGUGAAACAGUAAAAAAACAGACUUGUCUUCUGUGCUUUUUUGACAGCACAGUACAGUCAGCAAAGUUCUUUGAGAGGCUGAUCUUCUGUAACUCUCACUUCCUGAACAGGUUAGACUGAAAUGUAGUUCCUGUUAUGGAUUACUGUCAUGUUCUUCCAUCAUGGAGUCCCCUGAUCUCAGUGCAUCUCACCAACAGAUAUUUGAUCUGAUCGCAUAAUAGUUUUUUAAUACUCUUUCUCUCUUAAGAAGUUAAGAAACCAAGGCUUCAGAAAACUGCAAAUAAAAAUUUGUGCAUCUGUGUCUGGUUUAUGUACUGGUCUAGGAGAAGUGUUUAUUUAUGCAGGUUUCCUAAGAAAGAUUGCAAUGGAAAGGGGAAGGCUGACUAGCAAGAGAAACCCACAUACUGAAGUAAUUAAACUCAAGAAUUGCAAAACCA